UAAAAAAAAAAAAAAAUAAUAAUAAUCGCAAAGCCUUAAAUGUUUAAAUAAAAAAACUAACUUACUACAAUAAUGUUGCGGUUAAACAAAAGGAACAUGGUUACUAUUUUGCAUAAUUGAUUAUGGACAAAAUAAAAAAAAAAAGAUCAGAACGUCCUGAACUCAGCCAGUAGACGCUCGCUUCAGAACCAAAACGUUCUCUCGGGCUCUCGUCGGCCAGCUGACAGAUGAGCUCGAGAUGCUUUUUGACCGCGACCGUCGCUCCAUUUGGGUAAAAGCGGCAUGCUUGUAAACCUGAUUUUCAUCCGCUGCAGUGCCCACGCUAAAAGCACUCCAUUACAUCAGAGCAGUAAUGGACAUUUAUUGCUACAAAUCAAAACUCUAAUGCUCCUUGAGCAAGAGCCGCAGCUUGAAAUAUGAAUGCCGGACUUUAUUUACGCAAGGAGUGAGGUGGCAUGAUGUCACAAUCGGAACAGAAAAACAUUUAGUACUACUCGUGAGAUUAGCAUCUGUUUUGCAAGUUUGUACAAACUGAUUGCUCUCUCAUCAGCGCCAUUGCUAAUAUUAUGUUCCAAAGCGCAGCACACUUGAGAGGUCGCUAAUAGCCCGUGAAAUGUUGCCAAUAUCAAAAGAGCUGAAAUGAACAAACCUUUAGAAGAAUCUAAAAAUGUCACAAGACAUUUGCACCACCUCAGCCCUUAAGUGCCUUGAAAAAUGGUUGGCAAUAAUCUUUUGAAAUGCAAUGUUUUGUCUAUUGCUCAAAAUCAACUGCUUGUUUUAUGUCUUGUAAUAUCAUGGGAGAGGGAUGAUCAUAUGACUCCAUAGACCUGCUGUCCUCUCAGCUGUGUUCCCCCCAUGGGGUAGGUAAACAUUAAGGGGCCACUGUUGUGUCAAAGCAAGGACACAGUGGUUCUUUUCUGCACUUCAAUUUGCCCUAAUCGCAGUGACGGUCUCAAGGGGGACGACACGCCCUCUGACCCGAUCAUUUAUCUUUGGUGUGACGUAAGCACACAGGCAGUCCGGAAUGGUGGUGCCUCUGCCUCCUGAGGGAUUUUGAUAUGCAACAACUCUGUCUGUCAAAACAAAAUAAAGAAUGCAAGCCUGAAACAGUUGUGGUCCAUCUGUCCCUCAAGACAGUAUGGUCUUCAGAAAACUCGGGUGAAAUGCACAAUGCAGUUGUGUGGCCAAUGACAUCACUUGUGCAUUCAUCGUAUGACCACAACAAAGUGGACAAUGACUCGAGAGGAGCUUGUCACGUUAAGUACAUUCAUGUAAACUUGCAUCUUACACAGAGCAAGUUAGAAUCAGUUUUAACUGGAGCAUCUUUACUCGUGCGAAACACUGCCACCUAAAGACGAGUGAGCGCAAUUGCAAGCUUUUCAGGUGCCCUGCGCGUCGGUGGCGCCAACUUUCGAUUGGCCAAUGCGUCCGUGACGCACUGAGCCCGGCGAUUGACAUCCCGGGCCGAUGCUGUCGUCUGGAGCUCCAACCACGGAGCUCCAGAUGGAGUUAGCGCGCGACGCGACGGGAGCCCGUCAUGGGGGCCGUGGAGCCCCGCAACGACACGGUUCCAAGCGGCAGCGCCGCCCGACCGUCCGCGUCUGAGGAGUGGGUAGUGGGCAUCAGCCUACUGAUGGCGAUCAUUGUGCUUGCUAUCGUUUUGGGCAACGCGCUGGUCAUCGUGGCCAUCGCCCGGACGCAGCGUCUCCAAACACGCACCAAUGUGUUCGUGGUGUCCCUGGCGUGCGCCGAUCUAAUCAUGGGCGUUCUGGUGGUGCCUUUCGGAGCCGCGCUGCAGUUGCGCGGCGCGUGGGACUACGGCUCGUUCUUCUGCGAGUUCUGGAUCUCCGUGGACGUGCUGUGCGUCACGGCCAGCAUCGAGACGCUGUGCGUAAUCGCCGUGGACCGCUACGUGGCCAUCACAGCGCCGUUCCGAUACCAGAGUUUGCUCACUCGAGCCCGGGCCAAGGCGGCGGUAUGCGCCGUGUGGGGGGUUUCGGGGCUUGUCUCUUUCCUGCCCAUUCUCAUGCACUGGUCCCGGGAUAGCGCGCACGCGGCGUGCUACGAGGACCCGGCGUGCUGCGACUUCGUUACCAAUCGCGCAUACGCCGUCUCGUCAUCCCUGGUGUCCUUCUACCUGCCCCUGGUGGUCAUGGUGUUUGUGUACGCGCGCGUCUACCGGGAAGCCAAGCAGCAGCUGCGGAAGAUCGACCGCUGCGAGGGACGCUUCCACAUUCACGCCAGCGGGGCGCGGUGCAAGAGGAAGCCGCCGCGCAUGCUCGCGCUCCGGGAACACAAGGCGCUCAAGACGCUGGGAAUCAUCAUGGGAACCUUCACGCUCUGCUGGUUGCCCUUCUUUGUGGUCAAUGUGGUGCGGGUUUUCGGCACCGAGUUGGUAGAUGAGGACUUGUUCGUCUUUCUCAACUGGCUGGGCUACGCCAAUUCGGCGUUCAACCCGAUCAUCUACUGCCGGAGUCCGGACUUUCGCAGGGCCUUCAAGAGGCUGCUCUGCCGUCGGCCCCGACCCAGGAGGGAGUGCAUGUUUCACGUCAGCUCAUGCGACCUAAGCCGCUACUCGGCCGGUUUUGUGGGGGCAUCCUCGCUGGAGCCCGGAGCAGGCGGAGGGACGCUCGGGCUGUGGACGGACUGCAGCCUGAUGGACAUCAGUGACAGGAAUGUGGCCGGAACCGGGAAGCUGCCUCGCUCUGAGUCCCAUUUCUGACUCCUACCAUUUCUUCACUUUCUUCUGUUUCCUCCUUUUGAGCGUUUAAGUGUCAUCACGAAGGAGCCAGCGCGUACUAAAAGCCCAAAGUGCCAAAGACUACAUUUUUAACAAUGUGUUGCAACUUUUGUUGACCCCAAGGCACAUAUUUUACAUCAGUCUCACGGAACACCAAACUUGUCGUAAAUGCUUAAAAGAAAACUUUCCUAAAGAUGGAACACAAAUGUAUUUAAAGUUAAAUACAACUGAGCUUUACUUGGGCUGUGAUUCUUUAAUGUACCACUGGAGGGAGUUCAAGCUUUGGGACAAUUUGUAAAUACAUAGAUGAAGAAAGAUACAUUUGUCAUGAGUAAUUAUCAGGGGACCAAUUGAGUGAAUUUGGAUAACACCUUUGGAGCUAGGAAUUCUACUUUAGGCAAUGAUUCUUUUGCACACCACAAGAGGGAGCCCUCUUACGACUUUCAUUGAUGAAUAAAAGUACAUUCUUUUUUAGUAUAAAACAAUUCUUGGACAGAUUCAGCCAACUUGAAUAUUUCUACCGUAAUUUGGCGGGCCAUAUAAAAUAUUGAUUGAUCCAUUUAGCUUACUUUUUACAUUAUUAUUGCGUGCAAUGCAAAACAUGUAGGCAUGGUUUUUGCUCCUAAAGGUCCAAAGAGUGUUUUUUUUAAAAAAAAUAAUUUCCUUCUAAAAAUUGUAGACAAAAUUUAUAAAGCAACUGACAAUGAUGAGCGUACGUUCUCACUAACUGGACCGUGUUGUAUAUUUGCAUAUUGUAUUUAAGCUCACCUUGUGUUUUACCUCACAUCCGUCGACAAGUGCAAUUGCGGCCAAAAAUGUCGUAUAUUUAUUCUUGCCCAUGAGGUUACGGGUUUGAUUCCAGAAUCGUGAUGAGUGUGGCUUGACAUGCUUUUUGUGAGUGUCCUGUGGAAUUAAAAGAAAACAUUUGUUGUUCA